CUCGAUAGUGUCAUCGAUAGUUUCCCAGCUCUAGCGUCUAAUACUUGUCUUAACGGGUAAUGACAUUUCCUCGGAUAUAUUUAAAAUUUUCAUAUAAAUUAUCAAGAUGGUGAAGUCGUCAAACCCAAUAAAUAUCUUGCGGAAAAUCUACAACAACGAAUUCCAAUGGAUGCUGGUCAAGAGCUAUGGACUGUUUUUUGUGGGUGUUCGUUUAGCCAAAGAGUUCGUUGGCGUGGAGCUGAUGCCUGCACUGGGACCCUCCUAGUCAUGAAAGCAAAACAACCUUUGUAUUUUACACAAAAUUAAAUUUAAAUAAGUUUUAUAUGAAAAUUAUAUACAAUUGAAUGAG